ACGCAACCGAGCAACAACACCAACCACCCCCGGCGACGCCGGAGCUUCCUCGACCUCCCUGAGCUUCCUGAGCUCCUCCAGUUCAGAAUGCUUCACAGGCACGAACGAAGCGCUGACGCCAACACAACCAUGUCAGCCCCCUUUGAGCCGACUAACACCACCCAGCUCGGACCAAACUCCACCCAGCUCGGACCAAACUCCACCCAGCUCGGACCAAACUCCACCCAACCCACCACCACCACCACCACCACGACCACCGCUGCCCCAACUACAGCCAAAGAGUACCAGAUAAUCUACAACACGGACCAAGUGCAGACCAUCUUCCUGCUCAUCCUGCUCGUCAUCAUCGUGGGCGAGUUCUUCAGCGCCCCUGCCGUCACCAUCGUGGACACCGUCACCCUGCAGUACCUCGGCAAAGCCCGCGACCGCUACGGCCUGCAGAGGAUGUGGGGCUCUCUGGGCUGGGGUCUGGCCAUGCUGCUGGUGGGCAUCUGGAUCGACCACACACACGUCACGGUCGUGAUCGAUGGCAUUGGCUGCAUCCUGCCCGACUACCGCCUGCACAACUACCAGAUCGCUUUCAUCGUCUUUGGCGUGCUUAUGGGUUUGGCGUUUGUUGUCGCCACUCAGUUCUACUUUGAAAAGGGCGACCACUACCGACAGGAGCUUCCAGAGGGGGUGGUGGAGCAGUCGCCAGAGUCCGGCUCCUCGGGCCAGAGCGGCCCCGACAUCACUCAGGAGUUCCACUACAGCGACCUGUUGAAGCUUCUCUGCAGCGUGCGGUACAGCUCCGUGCUGUUCGUCGCCUGGUUCAUGGGCUUCGGCUACGGCUUCGUCUUCAGCUUCCUCUACUGGCACUUGGAGGACCUGAAGGGGACGACCACGCUGUUUGGCGUCUGCUCCGUCCUGAGCCACAUCUCGGAGCUCGCCGCUUACUUCACCAGCCACAAGUUCAUCGAGCUAGUCGGACACGUCAGAGUGCUCUACAUCGGCCUGGCCUGCAACACAGCUCGUUACCUCUACAUCUCCUAUCUGCAGAACGCCUGGACCGUCCUGCCCAUGGAGGUCCUUCAAGGUAACGUCCGCUCAUUUCUCCGCCUGCAGGGAAGGAUUAGAAAAGCUAGGACCCUGGGGACAA